AUGGAUUUUGAAGAAAAUGAUGCUCAGCAAAUAGUUAAAAGAUCAAGUGUAAAACAAACCAGAAGCGAUGGAAAAAUAACAUUAAGAAUCAAAAAUGAACAAAAAUUAGCAAUGCAAGUAACAACUGGUGCAUAUCAACGUUGUGAAGAACGAAUGAGGAAAGAAAUGAAAUUAGCACAACAAGAAUCUUUAUUACCACGAACACAACUUGUUAUCGAUACAUCUAUUAACGAUAAUGAUCGUCGAGAUAGUUUUGAUGAUUUUUUUCUUGAAGAACCAUCAUUGAGUCAUCAAAAGCAAGGUAAGAACAGUAUUUCCUGGCCACAGUUGUGUAAUUUAGCAAUUUUAGAUCCACCAAGUCAUCCAUCAUCCCCAAGAAGAGUUCCAACACAAAAAAAUUAUACUGCUUAUCAUAAACGUUGUCAUCGUACUCUUUUUCAUUCUGAAGAAGAGGAUGAAGAUAUUAAUACUCCUGGUAGUCGAUCGCAAUUAAAUUAUAAUCGACAACAAGAUAAUCGCUCUCAACAUUCAAGUAGUCGAAAUCAACGAGCAAGAAAACAGAAGAACAAUAUAUCAAAAGCACCAAUACCAAAACGAGCAAGUAUAGCUUCUGCUUCACCAGGAACACCAUCAAAGAAUCGUUCAAAUCGACGAAAAGAUGAAGAGGAUGAAAAUCUGCGUAUGUAA